AUGGCUCCUCCACCUCCGGCCACUCUGCCUCUGGCUGAAAGGCUCAAGGCACUAGCGCAAACCCUCCAGUUUGCCUGGUUCGUCGGCCAUGUCACCCUCCUCUUCUCUGUCUUCCGCUACACGGUGUCGUUCAUUCUCUUCAACUCUUACUCCUCAUGGGCUCGAUUCUCUUAUCGCCUAGCGUUUGUAUCUGCCGCCGUGACGUAUGGAAUCGUGGUGUAUAAAGGUCAUUUCGCCCGCGGUGUCCAGGGAAGUGUUCCUCAAAUCUUGACGAAGCUCAUUUCCGACGAGAACGUGCAGUAUCUGGGUAUGGCCCUUGUCUGGCUCUACUCGCGCCAGCUCAUCCUGGCGCUCCUGCCCUUCAGCGUAUACUCGGUUUUCCAUGUCGCGACCUACAGUCGCAUGUACCUGAUUCCGACUGUGUACCCACCCCAGACUAGCGGCGCAGGCUCCCCCAGCUCCCCCAGCUCCAAGCCUGCAGCGAAGCAGAGCCCUCUCGUCGAGACUAUCGGCCGCUUCAUCAAGCAGUACUACGAUGCCAGCAUGGGUGUUGUCGCCGGCCUUGAGAUCCUGCUUCUCUUCCGUCUGAUCCUCUGGGUUCUGCUCGUUGUGUACUUGUCUUUCUUCCGUGCCCGCUUCGCCCAGAGCUCCUUCGUCCAGCAAGCCGUUCGCCAGGUAACUGCUCGUGCCGACGCCUCCAUCUCUAACCACAACACUCCCCCUGCUGUUCGCCAGGGCUGGGAGACCUUCAAGGGCAUUGUUGGCCAGGUCUACGAAGCUACUGACAUCGGUCGCUACAUCUCGGGUCCUGCCGCUGGCAAAAAGCCCCAGUAA